GCCUUUUGCAUGACCCUACAGCGCAUGCGCAGAACCCUAGCGGCCAGAGUAACAAACAAUUCGUACGGCGUCGUCGACGACCCGGCCGUGUACCCCGCAGUCGUGUUGGAGGCGCGAGCAAUAACAAAAUCGCAGUUGAUAAAAAAAACAACAACAAGAAGGUCCUGUCAGCGCGAUGCCGUCAACAUGUGCUGCUUAUGGGUGUACUUCUCGAGGUGUGCCCGGCAGCAACAUCCAUUUCUUCCGCUUCCCAUCGGUGAAACGUGAUCGCCAGCGCCGUGAAGCAUGGAUCAGGGCUGUGAGGCGCCAAAAUGAAGACAGCAGCCCCUGGGAGCCUUCAGGUUCGGCAAGGCUGUGUGAAAAACACUUCGUGAAAGGAUCGCCAUCCAACUCGCCCAGGCACCCUGAUUACGUGCCUUCUCUGUUUGUUUACACCGAUGAGUUCAAGAAAAAGGACGCUUUUCAUCGCUAUGUACGCACGGCAGCGCGUAUGAAACAACACAGUGAGCACCGACGAGCUGUUUCAGAGAAGCAGGCAGACCUAAAACAGGACUCAAUGGCAAAUGAGACUUCUUCAAAGUGUGAUGAAGACUCUGUGGAGAUGGAACAGACGGACAUAUCAGAUUCCGAGAGCACAGCAGGUUUCACUACUUCAUCACAGGAGUGUGAAGGUGUAGCUGCAUUGCUGAUGCGUCGCACUACUGCCACAGCUAAGGAGCAACUAGAGAAUGUCAGCACAAGCAGUUUCAACGGCCUGCUAGCAGAACAUACUGCAAUGAAGAAGAGAAUUCAAGAGCUCGAAGUCAGAUGUGCGGCUGAGAGAGACUUGUAG